AUAAAACACGUAAAAAGAUUAUACGUCAAUCGCUGUUUGGCAAUAUGAAAGUAUUGUCAACGUUUGGCGGUUUCAAUGGGGGUAUAUCAUUUUAAUUCAAAUAAAAUUUUGGUGUUUUUGGUAAUUCCGCGGUAAUUAAUGGUUAUUGUAAAUUGUGAGCCCCAAGAAUGUUCUCCAAGUUAUAGUGAUAAACGCGAAAAUCGCAUUACCAAACGUCGAAAUCAAGGCAUUCAUGUUUCGGCGUUGGACCGCGUGCUAAGAAAUGCGCAAUCUACCUCCAGCGAAAACGUCAUCAUUGAAAAUCUGUCAGAAUUACAAUACGCUCAUUUAUUUAAACGCACUAAAACCGUUCUUCAAUCUUCUUAUAAUCACCUUAAAAAUUUGGGAAGGUAUCUAACACGGUCCGAUGAAUAUUGCUCGCACUGCCACGAGUAUCGUCAAUUAUAUGAAAGAAGCACCGAAGAGUUACAACCCGAAAGAACAAAAACUACCAACAGAUUUAGUAAUACAUUUGUUGAAAAAGUUCAAAAUCAACAAAGGCAAGGCAACGGAAUCGAGUUAAUUGAUGACAAAAUGCCUUGUUGUACGGUUUGCAAGAGACCACGACCUUCUAUUGAGUUAUAUUGCGCUUGUGAGGAACCACCUAAGAGAGUGGUAGUUACCGGCGGAUAUAGACACUCUCGACCUCCUCCAACGCGCUACUAUGUAGCCCCAAAAAAGAAGAAACAAAAGAAAUGGUGGUGUUGUAGCAAAAAGAAAAGUGAUAACUGGAAUCAGUGUUACUGCUGCCAAAAUAGAAUGAAACCGACUUUUGCUUACUCACCUUGUACAUCCUGCGCAUGCCCAUGUCCUCAAAACCCAUCAAUGAUGCAAAAAUUCAAGCAGUACAUGCAUGGAAAGCCUUCCGGUUCCCAAGAUUUCAACAUGUACAAUGCGUAUCUAGAAAAUAUGAAUUGUCCCCACCACCAGCCGACAUCUUGCGUUUGGUGUCCAAAAGGCUACAGCAUAGCUAAAGCUGAUCCUGAUUUUGAAGAGUAUCCUCCACGUACCCGUAAAGGAAUAUUACACCGUAAUGAAUGUUUUUCAAGUGAAGACUUUCAAACUGCCCCAAAAGAUUACUAUUCUGAGGAAGAAUAUGUUGAUGAACCAGGAAGUGAUUCAGAUGAUUGUUGCUGCUGUUGCCCAUGCCGUAAAAAAUUCAAUACCUGCAAUGUUCAAACUGAUGACUUGGAAAAUUAUAUUGAACCAAAAACAAUUGAUACCCAAACAGAACGUUGCUGUGCAAAACGAAGAUGUUGCCGGUGCUGUAGGAAUGCCUGUGGGGUAUGUAAUCGUUACCAUCCCGGCCACGAUUUUAGAGAUAAGGGAGAAACCUCCCAAAAAGAAAAAUCAAACAAAAAUCAAGGUAAUAAACGUCCGAUUUUUUAUUCUCGUGGGAGGAAUGAAUAUGGUACCAUGAGAUCACCUCCAAAUACGACUAGAAACAGCCCACGAUCAAUUUCUGAACAUGAGAUUAGAUAUACAAAUAAAACAAAACCUAAAACCAAAACAAUUAUCUGUAAAACAGCAAGUGUUCAGCAUGAUCCAUCUGUAUCUGGCGUCAACGUCUACUCAUCGACAACAUGUCCUAAAUUUGAAGAUUACGGAUUUAAAUUACAACCCUGUCAUAGAAUGCAAAAUGUUAUGUUCAACACGGUGGAACCUACUCCUCUAUUCUUGGAUAAAAUGUUUACUCCGUAUAACCCAUUGGCAAACACAACAAAAAGUUAUAAUCUAUCCUCAAACCCUUUAAGACUGAAUUUGGGAAGUACACCAAUGUUAAGCACGUUCUGUCAAAAUGAUGAAUCAGAUUAUACUGAUGAAAUUAGUACAAAAACAAAACAGCGAUUUAUGAAUGCUGUGUGUGAUUCUAUUCUGUGUGAUUUAACUUCAAAACGCCGGAAUUCAUUUAGCAACUUAUUGAAGUCACCAGACAGUGGAUAUCAAGAACCAAAGCAAAAGAAAUCAUUUUUUCUUUGAAGACUCGAAGUAGUUCCCUAAAGAAUUUAAAAGGCAACAAGAAACAGUCAACUUUUCAAUGGAUCACAUUAUUAAAACACUAAAAAGUGGUAGAAAAGAAGACACAGAAAAGCGCCCAAGUGAAAAUGUAAUAAAUGAAGCAUCAAAAGUUGUUAGAAAUAUUCUAGAAGAGAUUUCUUCAAAAAAGGAUCGCGAUUCAACCGAAUGGAAUUUUGACAAGAAAGACAAGAAAAAUGAUAUAAUAAAAGAUGAUUCAUUGCGUAAUAUUCUACUGAAAUUAAAAAGUGAUGGUAACAAUUACAAUUUGGAACAAUCAAGAAGCAAUUCGGUUCUAUUAGACUACGAAUCACUUCCGGGUACGUCCACAGCUGAUGCUUCAGCUAAUGUUGACGACAGCUACACCAAACUUAUGAAGGCACUUGACACGGUGCGCAACAACAAUCAAAAGAAGACUACGAAAUAGUAAAAGAUUAAAAUUAAAUUCCAUUGUGUAAGACA